AUGAUGCAAAUGGGUCCCGGUGGUCCUCCCGUCAUGGUGCUCAACGCCAAGACACAACGUCAAACUGGCCGUGCGGCGCAAUUGGGAAAUAUCGCAGCCGCUCGUGCCGUGGCCAAUAUUAUCCGCACAACGUUGGGGCCUCGUUCGAUGCUGAAAAUGCUCUUGGAUCCCAUGGGCGGCAUUGUCUUGACCAAUGACGGACAUUGCAUUUUGCGCGAAGUCGAUGUCAGUCAUCCCACGGCCAAAUCAAUGAUUGAAUUGUCGCGGGCACAAGACGAAGAAGUGGGUGAUGGCACCACUUCCGUCAUUGUACUGGCCGCCCAAAUGCUCCAUGGCGCCGAACAAUUUUUGCGACAGGAGCAUACAUAUCAUCCGACUGUACUCGUGCAGGCAUACACCAAGGCACUCAUGGAUGCGUUGGAAAUUUGUGAACAACACGCGAUCGAAAUUGAUAUUUUUUCCGAUACCAAAAAUCAUCAGGACCUGCUCAAGAAAUUGAUCGAAUCGUCGAUUGGGACGAAAUUCAGUGCGAGGUGGAAUGAUAAAAUGGUCGAAAUGGCACUGGCGGCUGUCUUGACCGUCGCCACGCAGCACGCGCCCUCUCUGGCACUCUCCACGGCGGAGGAAACUAAGUCUUCCACUGUGAAGGACAAGGACUGGGAAGCGACGCCUCCCCCCGCCUCUGCAAUCUACGAAGUCGAUUUGAAACGCUACGCCAAGGUCGAAAAGAUUCCCGGCGGAGAAAUUGAUGACUGUACCGUCCUCAAGGGCGUCAUGUUCCAAAAAGACACGGUCCAUUCCAAAAUGAGACGUCGUAUUGAAAAUCCUCGCAUUCUCCUUUUGGAUUCCCCCCUCGAAUACAAAAAGGGAGAAUCCCAAACCCAAAUGGAUAUUAGUGGAGAAGACGACUGGAAUACUCUGUUGAAAAUGGAAGAGGAGUACGUCGAAAACAUGUGUAUGGAAAUCAUUGCGCACAAACCAGAUAUUGUCAUAUCCGAAAAGGGUGUUUCGGAUCUGGCGCAACAUUAUCUCGCCAAAGCCAAUAUUACGGCAUUUCGCCGUCUCCGCAAAACGGACAACAAUCGCAUUGCCAAGGCCGUGGGAGCGACAAUUGUCUCGAGAGCGGAUGAAAUUACCGAACGCGACAUUGGCACCCAUUGUGGAUUGUUUGAAAUGCGCAAAAUUGGUGACGAUUGGUUUUGUUUCUUGGAAGAGUGUCAAGACCCCAAGGCAUGUACGAUUAUCCUGCGAGGUGGUUCCAAAGACGUGCUGAAUGAAAUCGAACGCAAUCUACACGAUGCCAUGCAAGUCGUUCGGAACGUCGUCUACAACCCCAAGUUGGUCUACGGUGGUGGUGCCAUUGAAAUGGCCAUUGCCGUGGGAUUGCGACGACAGGGACAAACGGUAGAAGGAAUUCAGCAGGAUCCCUACAAGGCGGUAGGAGAAGCCAUGGAGAUUAUUCCACAAACGCUGGCACAGAAUUGUGGGGUCAGUGUGAUUCGGACCAUUACCCAAUUGAGAGCCAAGCAUGCCGAAGCAUAUGACAAAAAUAAUAACAGUUCGGACAAGUUUGAGCCAUGUUCGUGGGGAAUCAACGGUGUGACUGGAGAGUUGGUGGAUAUGAAAGAGUAUGGCAUUUGGGAACCACUCAGUGUCAAGGUACAGACCAUCAAGACCGCCAUUGAGAGUGCUUGCAUGAUCUUGCGUAUCGAUGACAUCGUUUCUGGCUCCAAAAAGAAGGCUUGA